CCUAGAACAACUCCUGUUUAAUGUUACCUCUCUCGCCAUUAGAAUGAUGCCGAAAACGUAAGAUAUUACAAUAUUCAAUUCAAUCCUGUUUUUUUAAUUUUAUUUUUCUGGUUCUCUUCACUUACAAAAAAAAAAAUCAUGGCGUUGGUAACUUUCCUUCACUUUCAUGACCUAGAAGAUGACCUCGUUCGGGACAACCAUUAUCACCAUCACCACGAACAAACCCUCACCCUUGAUUCCCUCCUUUAUUGGUCUCGUGAUUUCCACUUCUUCUCUUCCCCCGAAGCCGAUCUCCCUCACCCACAUGACGACGUUUCACUCCCCGAUUCCCUUAUUGUCAACGGCCCCGAUCUGUUCGAUCGCCGAGAGAACCAAGUCAACUUCGUCAUCGAUCUCUUCCACCAAUGCGUCGAACAAUCUCAGGUUAGUUUCGAUAAUACCCCCAAUAACAAUUCCAAUUCUGGUAACGGAAAUGAUAAUAAUACUAGCAAUAAUGAUGCCGCUGAUUUGGUUUCUGAUGCUUUGAGUGAUUCCAGUUUCGGUGUUAUUGAGGGAAAUCAUGAGCUUGAUUUAAGGUUGGACUUAGGUUUUAAUUCUAUGGAUACUCAUGUGAGUGAUGUUGAGAUUGAUAUUGGUGGCGGUGAAUAUAAGAACAACCAUUUCUUUGUGGAAAUGAGGGUUUCAGGGUUGAGUGCUAGUGAGGUUGCUUCUAAUUUUAGUGGCAUUGACAAGUUUGGGGAUAGCAUGUGGAUUGUUGGGUUUAGAUCAGAUUCGGAGGGUGAUGAUGAGGAUGAGAAUGAUAACCGAGCGCUCACAUUUGAUUUGAAUUCUGGGGAUGAUUAUAGUAUUGAUGAUCAUGUUAACGAUUAUUGUGAUGUUGGUGCUAAUGAUGAUGUAAGUGUUAGUAUUCCACUUUUCUGGGAUUCGCUUCAGUUGGAGGAUCGUUGGGAGACCAUUGAAGAUUUUGAAUGGGAGGAAAUGGAUGGUAGGGUUGAUUAGAAGGCUGUA